AAAUGUAACUAUGUUCGAUGUAAUGUUUGAAAUGUUAGCUAUAUUUGUCCAUUGUUGUACCAGUGGUUAAUGAGUUCAAGAACUUGAUACUUUAAGUAAGAUUUAGGUAUUGUAAUAUAUAGAAUUUUUUUUAACUUUAAAGAAACGUGUGUGUAAUGAUAUGUGAUGAUGUAGAUAUCAGUUUUAACCACUAGAUGUCAAUAUUAUUCUUGAUCACAUGGUGUAGACAGGAUAGAUAUAGGAGGAGGAAAUGUUUGUACAAGGWGAAGGGCGUGGAAAAAGAAAAUAAAGUGGUGUUGCAUGAAGAAGAGUUGCUGGUUCCUUGAACAAAGAACACAACAGUGUGUUUUUCUGUUUUGCAGACCACCAGGAUGCGUGGAGCCGUGUUUCUGUGGAUCUUCUCAGCAGUGGUCUGCGUGGGGAGAGGUGACCACCAUGUAGGCCAUGGCAGGGAAGCACAAGAUACCACCAUGGACAGCAACAACAACAGAAUCCUAGUGACUUCAGCCAACAAAGAGUUUUCCUUCCAUCUUUACAGGAAGUUAGCAGGUCUCUCUGAAUCCCAGGGGAAAAACAUCUUCUUCUCCCCUUUCAGUGUGUCUGUUGCCUUGGCUGCUUUGUCUGUAGGGGCACGAGGAGAGACCCACCAACAGCUUUUCAGUGGUYUGGGUWUCAACAGCUCCCAACUGACCCAAACAGAUGUAGACCAGGCUUUUCAUAAUCUCCUUUCAAACACAAUGUCUCAUGAGGACGUCAACACAGGAACUGCUGUGUUUGUAGACCACCUGUUCAAGCCCCAGCCUGAGUUCCUGGAUGUCUUGAAGCAGUCGUAUUUGUCUGAGGGCUUCAAUGUUGACUUCAGUAAACCCACAGACAGCGCCAACACCAUCAAUAAGUAUGUUUCAGAUAAGACCAAUGGAAAGAUCGAUAAGCUAGUCGAAGGCCUGGAUCCAGGCACAGUCAUGUAUCUCCUCAGCUACAUUUACUAUAAAGGCAAGUGGGCGACUCCAUUUCAUCCUGCUAUGACCAGGGAGGACGAGUUCAAUGUAGACGAAACCAACAAGGUUCCAGUCCAGAUGAUGAGAAUGGAAGAAACACACUUUCAAACCUACUAUGACCAGGCAAUUAACACCUCAGUCCUCCAGCUUCCUUUCAACAACUCCUUCUCCAUGCUGCUGAUGUUGCCUGAUAACAUGAUGACCCUGGAGAACGCCAUCUGUCCAGAUCAUGUUACCAAGUGGUUGAAGUGGAUGAAACCCAAGGAGUACAACAUCUACGUUCCAAAGUUUUCCAUCAAGACGUCCUACAAGCUAAAUAAUGUGUUGAAGGACUUGGGAAUGACAGAGAUGUUUGCUCGGGCAAAUCUGACAGGGAUUUCAGAAGAGAAAGACCUGACAGUCUCUGAGGUUGUGCACCAAGCUGCUCURGAUGUUGAYGAGGUUGGAGCCACCGCCGCUGCUGCAACUGGGAUCGGCAUCAMACUUCUGUCCUUCCRUUUUGUCCCAGAGCUGAAGUUCAAUCGUCCGUUCAUGUUGAUGAUCCUUGAGCGCAGCACGAAAAACAUUCUUUUCAUGGGCAAGAUUGUCAACCCCAACCUGUGACGAAGGAACGCAUUCUUCAAACACAGCUGAUGCUUAAAAUAUAAAGUUCAAAGAAAAACUUUUGUCUGAUGUCUKUUUUGAUAAAURCAUGGAAAGAUACAAUGAGGAGAUGSCAGAAAUAAACCUUGACUUUUGUAUUUAAUACUAAAUUGAUGUAGCCAAUGUAUUUGUGGGAUUCACCARUUAAUAAAGGAAAAAACAAUCCAUA